AUGGACAUCACCCCCAUCCACCCGAACCUCACCCACCUCGCGACCCUGUCACAUCGCGCCCGCCAACGAAGCGAAGCCCGCAUCAGCUGGGCCUAUAUCAGCGACAUGCCCGCGGACGUGGUCUGCGGGCUGUGCGGGGAGCACGAGCACCUGUGCGCGGACACGCGGUUCUGGCGGUGUCCGAUGGCGGCGUGCGGGCACAGCGCCUGGCACGAUAGCUGCCUGGACGGGAUGUUUGAGCGGGAGGCGGCGGCGGGGCGCGCGCUGGCGUUCGGGUGUCCGGCCUGCGGGACGGGGUGGUGGCUGCGCAGUGAGAUGAGUGCGGAGGGGGCGCAGCUGCGCGAGGCGUGGCAGGAGAUGCAGAUGUUGAUGCUGUUGCGGGGGGUGGAGGAGAUGGAGGGGUGGAGUGGGCUGGGUUUGCAGCUGGGUGGGCUGGAGGGUGGGCUGGAGCUGGACCGGCAGGAGCUGGGUGGGCAGCAGCAGGGUAUCCAGCAGCUGGCUUUGGAGCAGGAGCGUCAUCUCAGCCACCUCUACGAGGAGUACAAGCUCAAGAAGCAGCUGAGGCAGCAGCAGGCGUUGGCGGAGGAGGGCCACCUCCGCGAGGCUCCCAAGCAGUAUCUGCGGAAGGAGCAGCGGGCUUUGGAGCAGCGGGGCUUGGAGCAGCAGGGGUUAGAGGAGGAGCAGCAUCACCCUCACCAGCUCUACCAGCAAUAUCAGCAGCAGCAACAGCAACAGCAACAGCAGCAACAGCAGGGUUCAGAGCAGCAGCAUCGUACCGACCAGCUCUACCAGCAGUACCAGCAGGGCUUAGAGCAGCAGGACCUAGAGCGACAGUAUCACACCCACCAGCUCUACCAUCUAAAGCAGCAACAGCAGCAACAGCUACAGCAGAGUUUGAUGCCGCUGCUACAGCCAGACAUAAUGGGUGAAGACACCUGA